GCUUUACCAAACAAUACAGCACACAUCACAGGAGAAGAGACGCCUGAUCAAUGGGAAACUACAAAUCCAGACCAUCGCAGACAUGCACAGAUGAGUGGAAGAAGAAGGUGGGCGAGUCUUACUCUCUGAUCGUAGAGAAGUUAGAUGACGACUUCACGCUCAAAGACAGCGAGCUCGGGGAGCUCCAUCUGGCUUUCAGCUCUGAUGAGGCUUUCCUGAAGGUGAACGUGAGUUACCGAACAGAGAAGGGUCUGUCGCUGCUGCACCUCUGCUGCGCGUGUGGAGGUAACAAAGAGCACGUCCGCACUCUGAUGCUGAAAGGCCUGCGACCCUCCAGACUGUCGAGGAACGGCUUCACCGCGCUGCACCUGGCUGCUUACAAGGAUAAUGCUGAGCUGCUGACGGCUCUCCUCCACGGGGGGUCUGACGUGCAGCAGGUCGGGUACGGAGCCCUCACCGCCCUGCACGUCGCCACGAUGGCCGGACACCACGAGGCCGCAGAUAUCCUGCUGCAGCACGGAGCUAAUGUGAACGUUCAGGAUGCCGUGUUUUUCUCUCCACUGCAUAUUGCUUCUUAUAACAACUAUGAGCAGCUGGCCAAGCUGCUGCUGAAGUUCGGGGCGGAUGUGAAUGCGAGCGGGGAGGUGGGGGACCGGCCUCUGCACCUGGCUGCAGCCCGAGGGUUCCUCUGCAUCAUCAAACUGCUGCUGGGGGACGGGAGCAAAGCCAACGUAAAUGCUCAGGACAACGAGGACCACGUCCCUCUUCACUUCUGCGCCCGCUUUGGUCACCAUGAGAUUGUGCGCUUCCUCCUUCAGGGAAACUUCGAGGUGCAGCCUCACUCCGUCAACAUCUACGGGGACACACCAUUACACCUGGCCUGCUAUAAUGGAAAAUGUGAGGCCGCUAAGGAGUUGAUUGAGCUUUCAGGCACAGACAGUCUGACGAAGGAGAACAUAUUCAGUGAGACGGCCCUCCACAGUGCGUGCACAUAUGGUAAAGACCUGGAGAUGGUGAAGUUCUUCUUGAGCAAGAACGCCAUGAGCAUCAACACUCAGGGCAGAGACGGACACACAGCUCUGCACAGCGCCUGUUUCCACGGGCACAUCCGCCUGGUGCAGUUCCUGCUGGACAGCGGCGCCGACAUGAACCUGGUGGCCUGCGACCCGAGCCGCUCCAGCGGGGAGAAAGAUGAGCAGACCUGCCUCAUGUGGGCGUAUGAGAAAGGUCAUGAUGCCAUUGUCACCUUACUGAAACACUACAUACGUCCAGAUGACUCCCCCUGCAAUGAGUACUCUCAGCCGGGAGGGGAUGGGUCCUACGUUUCUGUGCCGUCUCCUCUGGGAAAGAUCAAGAGCAUGACUAAAGAGAAGGCAGAAGUUCUCCUGCUGAGGGCCAGCCUGCCGUCUCACUUCCACCUUCAGCUGUCUGAGCUGGAGUUCAAUGAGAUCAUCGGAUCAGGCUCCUUUGGAAAAGUCUACAGAGGAAAAUGCAGGAACAAAGUUGUUGCCAUAAAAAGAUAUCGAGCAAACACGUUCUGCUCCAAGUCGGACGUGGACAUGUUCUGCAGAGAGGUCUCCAUCCUCUGCCGCCUGGACCACCCCUGCAUCAUCCAGUUCAUCGGGGCGUGUCUGGACGACCCCAGCCAGUUCGCCAUCGUCACGCAGUACGUCUCCGGAGGCUCUCUGUUCUCGCUGCUGCACGAGCAGAAGAGGCUCAUCGACCUGCAGUCCAAGCUCAUCAUUGCCAUCGACGUGGCGAAGGGCAUGGAGUACCUGCACAACCUCACCCAGCCCAUCAUCCACCGGGACCUCAACAGCCACAAUAUCCUGCUGUAUGAGGACGGACAUGCAGUGGUGGCUGAUUUUGGAGAAUCUAGAUUUCUGAAGUUUGUGGACGAGGAUAACAUGACCAAGCAGCCGGGGAACCUGCGCUGGAUGGCUCCUGAGGUUUUCACUCAGUGUACUCGCUACUCGGUGAAGGCGGACAUGUUCAGCUACGCCCUCUGUCUGUGGGAGCUACUCACCGGAGAAAUCCCCUUCGCUCACCUGAAACCUGCGGCGGCAGCAGCAGACAUGGCGUAUCAUCACAUCCGCCCCCCCGUCGGAUACUCCAUCCCCAAACCCAUCUCUGCCUUCCUGAUGAGAGGCUGGAACGCCUGCCCCGAGGACAGGCCUGAGUUCUCUGAAGUGGUUUCCAACCUGGAGGAAUGCUUGUGCAACGUUGAGCUGAUGUCCCCGGCCUCCAGUAACAGUAGCGGCUCCCUGUCUCCCUCCUCUUCCUCCGACUGCCUGCUGGGGCGCGGCGGCCCCGGGCGGAGUCAAGUCGCUGCGCUGAGGUCCCGCUUCGAGCUGGAGUACGCUCUCAACACUCGAGCCUACGCCAUCUGGACCCAGAAUGAGCAGCGCCGUGCAUCUGGAGGUCUUUCACUGGAGGAACUCAGGAGGAACAUGCAGUUUUCUCCCAUCGAUCGAAACGGCUAUGUGUCUGAUCCCAUGAGCACCAUGAGGUUAAACUCCUCUUACAGCAGCAGUGGCAGCUUCGAGGACAGUAACUAAUCCUUUUUAUUAUUACCUUACUAUUUUAGACAUUCAUGCCUGUUUUUUAUAGUUAAUUUUAAGCAAAACCUCUAAACAAAGAUGGUUAAAGUAGAAAAUACUGUAUUUCUAUGUGCAAACUAAACUGUAUUUUGUUGAGUUUCUUUGUGAGUUGACAUUCUUAGCUCCAAAUAUCUCUAGUCUUGUGUUUUUUGAGAUUUAUCUGUUACAUACAUUAUGUCAUUAUGUUUUUUUUUUUAAAUCAUUUGUUGACGAUUUUUAUAAAUACUGUAUGUGUGACAAGCAAAAACUGUACAUUGUUUGUCUACUUGUUAGGUUCCCAGUUCAUUUGUGCAUAUGUUCUUCAUGUAAAAAAUAAAUAAUCAGAAAGUCA